AGGGAAUAUUCUAUGAAAUUCGGGCCUCUCUUAUCUUCAUUUAUCACUGGAUUGGAGUGUCUCUCCGAUUUUAUAAAAUUAUAAGUCUAGUCCGCACACACCUUAACACUUUCCUUCAUCACAGACUUCAAAAUGGUGCGAACAUUGGAAAACCCAGAAGUUCCAUUUGUGUCUUUCAUGGACACAGAUUGGAUACAGAAAAUUUCAAUCAAGGGCCGAGCACCAGCUGGAGCUUCCAGAUUCACACUUUUCCUUCAACGUGGACCAGAAUCCGAGCCUGAUGAGGUAGCGUUUGUAUUCGAUGCCCGUUUUAACUACGGAGAAUGCAAUAACAAAAUUGUAACAAACUGUAAGAUUGAGGGGGCAUGGCAAACAGAAGAAGAUGGAAACUGUCCAUUCCCUUUUAAUGAGGAGGAGCCAUUUAAAAUCAAAAUCAUUGUUGAGGAUGAUUCUUUCAAGGUGAAGGUAAACAAUGAAGAUUUUCUGGAAUAUGAACAAAAACUCAGCAUGAAGACAAUCAACUGUCUGAGAAUAGAAAAUGAUGUCAUUCUUGAUAAAGUGAAAUUGCAAUAAACUGUUUCUAUGAACAAUAACUUAUAUAUACCUGUAUAUAUAUUCAUAGAUAAAUAUAGGGAUAGAAUGUACCGUUUUAAUUGAAGAACAGACGUGCUCUUUUUAAAGAAUUUACCUGUUUAAAAUAAACAGUUCCGGGUCUUUAUAUCACGUUUAUUUCUAUCACAUAAAGGCAGCUGUUAAUAUAAGUACAUAUGCAAUACUUUCAAACUCGUUAUUUCUAAACAUCAACAAGGCAAGUGUGAACAAUAUUUCUACGUGUGAGAUACAUAUUCAAAAUAGUCAAGUUACAUCAAAGUAAAAAUAUAGAAUAUUUUGCAUAAAAAAAUUAAGACCAAUUGGGACAAGAUCUGUUAAUUGUUAUUACUCGAUCUGGUUACAAAAUAAAAGUAAACUAUU